UUGGAUUUCCCCAAGGCUGGUCACGGGAACAUUUUCUAAAUUCGUCUAAGCAGAGCUUCGCAGGUUAGUAGUGAUCGAUCACCCGUGGAACUUUCAACUAAAGUGAUUUGGGUACCACUGACCAUGGCAUUGGCACAGAGCAGUAAUGUCUCUCCUGAUAUAGAGAGCUGCACGGUUUGCAUGGAGGACUACACUGCGGAGGGGCCCCAGAAGCCGCGGAUAUUGGCUGCCUGCUUACACACCUUCUGUGAAGACUGUCUGGAGAAGCUCGGAGUCGGAGAGGAGAGCAAUUAUAGGAUCUUGUGCCCCAUAUGUCGCGAACUAAAUAUUCUAUUAAACAGGGAUGGGAUCCAGUCUCUGCCCAUUAACACCAGGGCGCCCUGCUUCUCAAACAUUGAAGCAGCCGUAGGGGAAUACAACGUUUUGGCAUUCAUUGACCCAGAUGUUCCAUCCUGCCCUGUCUGCGGGGGCAUCACACUAUUUUACCCCUGCGGUCAGGAGGCAGACAUCAUUCAGUGCCACACCUGUAAGUGGGUGAGUGAAGAUAUGCCUCAAAUCCCAGAAUGGAAUGGGUUAACCAAUCAGACCCCAAUACAGGAAAACAGUAACAGAACAUUACAUCAGAUGAUAACACAGGGAACCCAAACACAGAAUACAGCGCCCCUAUCUGGCCGUAGCAAGUGUGUGUCCCGCAGAAUGAUCAACUACCUGAGGAAACGUUUGUCAUUUCGCUGAUACGACUUUUCCGAAGACGAUAUGAAACAGAGAAGAGAAACACCAGAUAAUCUAUUUAUUGGAAGGAAGAUCAAUAUUACCACCAGCUUUAUAUCGGACAUCGAUAUUGGGUUUCACAUAGUGUUUAUUCCGCAUAUCUUUCAAAAACAAAUAAAAUCAUGAAAAAAAAAGUGUUAAAGACAGCUCUAUCUAAAUAUCUGGAUUGAAUCGGGAUCUAAUCAGGAAAAAUCUGUCCCUGUCUCCUUGCCUUCUGCAAACACCGGAUUCAAACCUACAGUCAGUUUUCGAAUCUCCCACACAGUCCCUCCUGCUACAAUCGCACCCUGCUGCUCCCCAUUAAUAUAACCA